GCCGUCGGAUGUCUGCACAUAUGGAGAGCCUGUACAUAUGGCCAGCGGGCCAACCCGCUCACGUCCCUGAGCCCGUUUCCGGGGCUGGGCUGGGUGGUGGUGGAAAGUUCCGGGUUGCAGGUUCAUCACUAGGGCAAGAGGCAGCAGCCCCAUCCCGGAAUGGCCCCAGGGACCUGGGGCCUGGCGACAUCUUUUGUCCUGUCUGUUCUGUCUUCUCAGUCCUGCUGACCCCCACCCACCCAUUUGUGACCUCAUGUUAUUCCAGAAUGAGCUCCUUGCUGGGCCCCUUUUCCUUCUGGACCUUGCUCCAUACGGGGCUGGGAGUUGACGGUGGGGAUGGAAUGCUGAGUUGGCAGCUGUGGGUGCUGGAUGGAGGAAGAGAGAAUCCAGAGACUGGAAGAUAAGGAGGACUGAGUUGAAGAAUGGGUCACAAGCAGAAGACGGAAGGGACGCAGAGUUGAGGAAGCUGGCCUUCCACUGACCUUGGGGACAGCUGUCAGGGUGGGAGACAGAACCUGGACCCUCAGGCAAUGUCUGCCAAACUGGACAAGAGGGACGCUGUGGCCUCUCCCCACCCCGCCCCCACACCAAUGAACCUCAUAAUGGGGUUCAUUGCUGAGGCGGGAGGGGCAUCCUAGGAAGGGUGCAGCGGGGGGCCUGCUGGCCAGACACCCACAGGGAGCUUGCCCUUUCAAGCAUGAAACAUACCAUCUGGGCUCCCCCACUCCCAGUGUGCUCUUAGGUCUGCCUGCCUGGCGUAGGGUCCUGGAGAACUUCUUGGAGCUCAUCCAGCAGCCAUCAUGCAAGGUGGUGCUGGGGACAGUCCUCUUACUCGGAGGUGGAGGCCUCAUGCUGUGGCUUCAGAGGAAGAGGAGAAGGAAGAUAGCUUCUGAGUCUCCACAAGACGAGCACGAGCCACAAAGCACACAGCGCCACAAAGCACAGAAUGACAACUGGAUCAAGUCUCACUUUAGCCGCCUUUCCGAAGAGAAGCUGGCCACCCACAGCGGUACCGCCCCUCCACAGCCUAACAGUAGCCACAGAGAGGCCAGCACCAUGAUGCUCAUGGAGACCGCCCCCUCGAGGCAAGGAGAAGCAGGCACUGCUCGCCACCAGGGGCCCUUCCUGAAUAAGCAGAAGGUUUUUGGGCCCUCAGUGGUCAAAGAGACCCACAAGGAGUCCUCAUCAACAGAUGAGGCUACGUGGGCCGCCGUGGCUAGUAGCACUAAGGAGAUUGACGCCAAGGGACGGCAGUUGGCUAACUCCAUGAUGCAGCGGGCCAUGGUUUACCAGAAUUCAGGCCACGUGGAACCCAAGGACAUCAACCAGGAGGAGCUGAAGGCCCUCGGGGAAGUGGAGAUAAAGCUGAAAAGCAAUUUCCUCACCCAGCGGGAAACCACUGUAACUGGUAUGAACCACACACACACCUUCCAUGGCCACGGUCACCAUGGCCACCAGGAUCAUCCAGGCCACCCGAGCCACCAGAGCCACAGCCUGCCCAACCGCAGCCAUCAGCCCUAUCACCCCUUUGAAGCCACCUAACCACGGAUGGAGCGGCCCCUUCCCCCAACAGGGUUGGUACACAACCACAGGCCUGUUUUCUCUCCCAUGGGACAACCUGUGUGGCCCAGAGUAAGAUGCUCCACCCUGAUCCCUUCCCCCUUAGGCCCCCUCGGGGGUCCUGGGCCCCUCUGACUUCAUGAGCAGGGUCUGCCACAGAGGACAGCCCCUCGUGGAGGGAGAGCUGGGAAGAAGCACAGCAACUGAAACAGACUCACAGGCCCCUGCGCCCACCCCCUGUGCUCACCCACUGAGAGAAGACAGAUGAGGCAGAUCCCAGGAGCAGCUGAGAUCCCUGCGCUGACGCCACAGGCCUGGAACUGAGCCAAUAAAGCCUUGUACACCCUCACUCUGAGUCUGGGGGCUCUGUGGCCAGCCUCAGUGCUGGUGGGAUACGGGGAGAGGGUCCUCUCGGUGUGGGCCUUGACCUGGGGCCUUUUCACUGGGCUGAUUUCAGACACCACAAAAAUGGCUUCCCUGGUCUCAGGUUCUGGGGAUGGAAUAUCUCCAGGGGGCUUCACAUCCACCAACCUGCUGUUGCCAGGGAAAGAGGGAGCAGCCAGGAAUUGGGGGGAGGAGGUGAGAUAGACUUCUAGAAGCAAGGGAGUAAGCAGGGUGGGCUCUAGGCCCCUGUCCUAUGGGUGCCUUCCUCACCGGGUCCACACCUUCUCCAGUCACACAGCAUCCCCCCUGCAGUGCCCUGUCUGCCCACCUGCUCCCUCGGGCCCCGGGGGUCCCCCUGGUGCUCCCCCGUCACUCUUAGGGCUACUGUGCUCUGUAUUCUCUCCUUGUUUACAUUAGCAUGGCCAGGGCUGGGACUGUCGCUUCUGCUAGCACGACCAGCAGCCCCUUCUUUUUGAGGGUUGGUCUGUGUGUCCUUGGUAGGCGCCACGUUCUCUGUUAGGUGUUACGGCACAGACCCACGAGGGAGACCCGUACGUUCUCUCCGUGUUGCGGACGAGGCUCCUGAGGCUCAGAGACGUAAUCUGCCUGAGAUGGCUCAGACCAUCCGCGGUGUCACUGGCAUCAGAGCCCUGCUUCGGUGGAUCCAGAAGCCCAAACCCAGGCCCCUGCCCUGUUCCUACCCCAGUCCCUUGUUCACGGUCCCCAGAUGGGUCCACCUCUCUCACACUUAUCCCUGUCCUCUUCCCACAUGUCCUGACACUGUCUGUGCCCCCUGACAAGCCUCCUGCUUCCUCUUCCAGGGUCCCAAGAAGCCAUUUCUAAGGCAACGGGUGACCCUCAGUGAGGCAGUUAAAGGGAGGCUGUUGUCUCCCCCCAGGAACUGAGAGAAGCGGCGGCAUGGCACUGGCUAACCCCCAGUGAGCCCUUCACAUAGAAAUUUCUUCCCAUUUCUAUCUGUUACGGGUUUGCCGGUGGUUUCCAACCCGUGGGCCUGAAACUCCAGGGAGAAGGUGCACAGAAUCAUUGCAAAGAAUGGAUAAAUCUAUCAAUAUCCUAAAUCUUGUCUAUGAGAUUUGGUGUAGAGUUGGGAAUAUUUAAAUAUUUUUGACAUUACUAAUAAGUGACUUUAUAUGAAUGCUGAUAUAUAUGUUUGUAUAUUUAAAAUACUUUCUAGUAAAAACUUAAAUUGGAAAAAAAUGGGGUCAAUCACACAGGCAAAUAUUGGAGGCUGCUUAAUUAGACAAAAGGCAAGAGUGGUGAGGUUUGGCGUCAAAGCUAUGGCUUACAGCCUAACUCUGAUCAGUGUGGCUCAGUUGGUUGGAAUGUUGUCCCAUAACUAAAAGGUUGUGAGUUCGAUUCCCAGUCCAGACACAUACCUG